AUGGAUUCUGGCAAGGCUCCUCCCCACAAGCUGGUCAAGGUGACCCGUGUCCUGGGCCGUACCGGCUCCCGUGGUGGUGUCACCCAGGUCCGUGUCGAGUUCAUGGACGACACUUCUCGUUCUAUCAUCCGCAACGUCAAGGGACCAGGUACGCAGGUCAUAAACAAGGAUAUCGAAAAAGUUGGAAAGGUGAAUGACACGAUGCUGAUGCUGAUCUGUCAUACAGUCAAGGUCGAUGACAUCCUUUGCCUGCUCGAAUCCGAAAGAGAAGCCAGGAGACUCCGAUAA